GACGCACAGGAAGGGGUUGGGGUUGCAGGAACCGAGAACAAAGCGGAGUCCGGGGAGCUCCGGUGCUCGGAGCCGGCUCCGGUGCUGCCACCGCUGCUGUGCAGUGGGAUCUCUUGCUGCUGCAGGAGCCCGUGACCUUCGAGGAGGUGGCCGUGUAUUUCACCAAGGAGCAAUGGGCCCUGCUCGACCCUGUGCAGAGGACUCUCUAUGUGGAUGUCAUGCUGGAGAACUACGAGACCGUCACAUCUCUGGGUUUUCCUGCUGCUGAGACAGACUUGCUCACCCAGGAGGGAGGAGAGCACUGGGCCCCAAACCUUCAAGAAAUGGAGAAGAAAGAUAUCCUGAGCAGCAGGCAGGAAGCACCUCCUGGGAUGGACGGGGAGAUGGAGAAGGAGAGUGCUGGAGACCAAGAUGCUGAGCAAGCACGGAGGCGUGCAAUUACGUGGGUGAUGCUUGAACACAGCGCCUGUGGGAGUCAGCAGGGUCUGCUAACAUGGAAAACGGGGAGCAGGACACUUUGUGGAGCAGCUGAUGCCAACCUUGGAGAAACCCCCAUCCAGGAGGAGCCUGCAGAAAGGCUGCCUGAGCAUGGGCAGGAGGGUGGCUGGAGCAGGGACUUGCUUAUGCCUCUGAGAGACGACGUGGGAGAAAAACCUUUCAAGUGCCCGGAGUGUGGGAGAAGCUUCAUGAGGAGCUCAGACCUCAUCGUCCACCAGCGGACCCACACCGGGGAGAAACCCUACCAGUGCCCCGAGUGCGGGAGGUGCUUCAACAGGAGCUCCAGCCUCGUGACGCACCAGAGGGUGCACACGGGCGAGAAAAUGUACAAGUGCCCCGAGUGUGCGAAAAGCUUUACACGGAGCUCAACGUUGACUGCACACCAGAGGACCCACACAGGGGAAAAGCCCUACCAGUGCUGCGAGUGUGGGAAGAGCUUCAGCAAAAGGUCAAACCUUAUUAAACACCAAAGGCAGCACACUGGAGAGAGACCGUAUCGAUGCCCCGACUGUGGGAAGAGCUUCAUACAGAGCUCAGACCUGAUUGUCCACCAGCGAACGCACACAGGAGAAAAGCCCUACCAGUGCUCAGAGUGUGGGAAAUGUUUCAGCGUGCGGUCAAAACUUAUUCAACACCAGCGCGUGCACACGGGAGAGAAACCCUACACAUGUGCUGAGUGCGGGAAGAGCUUUGGGCAGAGCUCGCACCUUUCCGUGCACCAGAAAACUCACAGAGGAGAAAAAUCAUACGCGUGCGAGGAGUGCGGGAGGAGGUUUGGCCAGAGCUCCAACCUCAUCGUGCACCAGCGAAUCCACACGGGAGAGAAGCCUUACAGGUGUCACGAGUGUGGGAAGUGCUUCAGGCAGAGCUCCAACCUCAUCGUCCACCAGAAGACGCACACUGGGGAGAAGCUUUACGAGUGCCCCAAGUGCCAGAAGUGCUUCCCGGACAGGUCGCUGCUCAUCAGGCACAAGAGGAUCCACGUGGGAGAAAAGCCCUUUAAAUGCCAGCAGUGUGGGAAAAGCUUCAUCCACCGAUCAAGGCUUCUUGUCCACGAGAAGGUCCACACAGGAGACCAGCUCUACCAGUGCCCCCAGUGCGGGAAGUGCUUCAGGGACAAGCCCAAGUUGCUGCAGCACUGCCGGCGGCAUGUGGGCGAGCGGCGCUACAAAUGCUACGAGUGCGGAGCGGAGUUCAGCCAGAGCUCAGACCUCAACCUCCACCAGAGGGUCCACGUGGAGGAGAAGCUCUACCAGUGCUCGACAUGCGAGAAGUGCUUCAAGGACAGGUCGACACUCAUCAGGCACGAGACGGUGCACACCGGGGAGAAGCCCUACAAGUGCCACGAGUGUGGGAAGAGGUUCACCAGGAGCUCCGAUAUCAUUGUCCAUCAACGGACGCACACCGGCGAGAAGCCCUUCGAGUGCCCCGAGUGUGGCAAGAGCUUCAGCCACAGGUCAAAUCUUUUCCGGCACCAGAGGAUGCACACGGGGGAGAAGCCCUACAAGUGUGAAGAGUGUGGGAAGCGAUUUGGGCAGAGCUCGGAGCUCAUCGUCCACCAGCGCACGCACACGGGGGAGAAGCCCUACCACUGCUCUGAGUGCGAGAAGUUCUUUCGGGGGAGAUCAACGCUUUUCAGGCAUGAGAGGCUGCACACGGGGAUUAAACCCUACGAGUGCGCCGAGUGCGGGAAGAGCUUCGGGCAGAGUGGGGACCUGAUCGCCCACCAGCGCUUCCACACCGGUGAGAAGCCCUACCAGUGCGGUGAGUGCGGGAAGUUCUUCAGCAACCGGUCGAGCCUCGUUCGGCACCAGAGGCUGCACGCCGGGGAGAAGCCCUACAAGUGCCACGAGUGCGGGAAGAGCUUCGGGCAGAGCUCAGACCUCAUUGCCCACCAGCGCACACACACAGGCGAGAAGCCCUACCCAUGCCCAGUGUGUGGGAAGAGCUUCAGCAGGAGGUCCAACCUCCUCGUGCACCAGCGAGUGCACGGAAGGGACAGGCUCUGCAAAUGCCGGCAGUGCGGGAGAAGCUUCCAGCAGAACUUGCAGCUCGCCCUGCAGCAGAACUCUCCUCGGUGUCCCGAGUGCACAAAGUGGUUUGAGGAGGGGUCAAACCCUGGUGAACAUCAGAGAUAGCACUGGGGAGAAAAACUCUGUAAGCGCCCAGAGUUCUGGAUUGGGGCGAGACAUCACAUCGCAAAUAAGAAAAAUCAGUGCUUUGCCUAGGUAUUGUUCAAUCUUUCCACCUUUGCAGUCUUCAGGAAAAAUGAAAAACACCACAAAACACACAAAUGAUCUAAAGUAGACUAGUGAGACUAAAUAAUAUAAUUAUUAUUUUUUUUCUAAUUAUUUCUUAUUAUUGAGUUUGCUUCAAGGGCUUGAUGUGUGUUGAUCCACUCACUCCCAUCUCCCCCAGUCAAACCAUCUUGUUCUGGGGUUCAGGUUGUCUGUCCAUCCCAGCACCUGGCUUCAAAGCCCUUAAAUCCUGCAGCGUUCCCCAGGCUGGGGCAUCUGCCCUGGCUGCCCAUCAGCACCCCGAGAUACCAUAGAAAUCUGUCUUCCCAUGCACAUCCUUCCCUCCCUACUGUAUGUAUUUAACCUCAGUAAUAAUAAUAAUAAUAAUAAUAAUAAUAAAAAGCCCUCUGUUCCUAA